AUGCUUCAGAUCAAGUUGACUCUGAAUAGUAUCCGUGCUGGUGAAGCGAAUAAUCCCAACAACCUCCCCCCACUGUCGGAUGAUGAGAUUUUACGUGCACUUUCCUACUUAUGCAAAGUCCAAUCAUCACUCUCUCGCGAUGAGAUUAUCAACCUCUACAAACGAGUCGGAAUGAUAACCGAUUGCCUCGUCAACUAUGAUAUCGAAGACGACGACUCUCUACUGCAGCCACCUGCAGCCAGAUUGGAUGACACUGGUGACACAAAUGCUAGCUCAUCUGCAUCUCAUUUCAUUGACCCCUCCUUGAUAACUUUGGACAAAGGCGCACGAGACCAUCCUAUGACAACCUCAUUCCCGACUCCCGACUCGGAUCGAUUUCACUCCCUGGCACAGUCAAGCACGAGAGACGUGCUGAGUGAACCACCAUCGUCGCCAUUUGAUGGGGAAGUUCAAGGGCACUGCGCCUCAAGCGCCUUCAACGAGCACAAACCUCCGCAUGUCGAAAUAGACCGCGUAAUACCAACAACCCACGGCGCGCUUGGAUGUGAUGAAAAUGACUUUGACUUCGCCAUUCGAGAAAUUGACGAGAUGGAAUCAUCAGGCCAUUCACCCGAUGUUCGCCAAGUGUCCUGUGAUCGUACGAACGAUCCUGAAUUAUCUACGUGUCCUCCAGUGGGAGGAAGUGAUGAUGAAGGAAUUGAAAGGGUGGAUACCGAUGAAGAUGAUCCCAUGACCAGCCAACUAAAGACGCAGAUCUCUGUCUGGGACCGCGUUGAAGGAAGGAGUCACGAUAUAUCAUGUGGGCUUCCACCUCAUGAUACUUCAGUUGGCAACAUUCAAGUGUGUUCUCAUGAGAUGGGAACAGCAGAUGUCGAAGAAGAUGCACAUCGAGAUAGCCCAGAUACCACUCGUUAUGACAACCACCCCCUCGUCCCAGAGACCUAUGUCAGGAGUCCGACUUUGGGCCCAGGUGCUUCAUCUUCCGCCCCCGAAACAAGUAUACUCGAUACACCAACAACGCUAUUACCGACAAAAAGAAGAGUGGAGGCAUCUGAUGGGGCGCCAGGCGAAAUUUCUUUUGCUGGUCCAACUACUAACAAUUGCCAAAGCACACAAUAUUUAUCGAAAUAUCAGCCAACGGUUGAAGAUGUCCCUGAUGAAACCGAGAAUAAUGAUGCUGAGGAUCCUUUCUCCAAUGAUGAUAACUUCGGGGAUUCAGACGUCGAGGCCGUCUUAGAGGAGGCGCGGAAAUUUCUGGGGGACACUUCUGCCGAUCAUGAGAGCCCCUCCAGUGGGGCAACGAAUACCAUGAACACGGAGCUGGGCCUGAAUGCUCCAGUCCUAGCCUUCUGCCCACCUGACAGCGAUGACCGGCAUGCGCUCCCCAACAAGGAACAAACGGAUAUACCCCAGGCGUCUUCGGAGGAGAGCCCUGAAAUAUGCCGUAAGCGGAGGCUUUCAUCGAUAAUUGAAUCCCAGCCAACUCUGCCAUCCAGGAAUCUCAGGGCUCGCCUUCUCAACAGCGUGGGUCAAAAGACAUCAGGUCCUCACAAUCUAGAUAAAGAUCGGUGGAAAGGUCGCUUCUCUCAUCAUACUCUCCUAUCCACUCUUCUGCCAAACCAAAAGGACGAAAUUGAAAGGAAAAGCAACCGAGCUCUGAGGUCUGAUUUGCCCGAAUUCAUGGAGAAGCACACCAAAUUAUGGAAGUCGACCGGAUUUUGGUUUUCUCCAUCACUUGAUCCGUCCAAGUUCCCCAAUAUGCCUGCUGGUCGAAAGGGUCAUGUGAUUUGGCGGUAUGUGGAGGCGAUGGAGGCAGAAGAUGAGACACAUUAUCUCAAAGCUCGGCUUGCAGAUAUAAUGCUGUAUUUGGAGUACGUCAAAGAAUUCAACAGACAAAAGAAAGCCGGGCAUCCCAGCCAGACUGCGAAAACUCGAGCCACGGAUAUCAUUUGUGGCACUGGUUCUCUUCCCAAAGCAAAAGCGGACAAGACCCGAAUGUCUUUCCAUGAGCAUAAACUCGUUGGGGAGCGGUGGUGGUGGUCUGGGUGCUACCUGGGCCGUGGAUUCAUUCUCCUGUGUAGCGAAGAGACAGGGAAGAAAGUGAGCACCCUAGCCUGUUGCAGCAAGUUCGACGAAGUAGUGGACGGACUCUUGACUGACGGCCAAUUCCCCAAACAGAUCAGCAAGAAAGAAGUCCAGCAGUGGAUCAAAGAUGCAAAAGCUACCAGUCAGGAGAGCGUACCUACCAUUCACUGGCAGGCCUGGAGUACCAAUGCGGUGGCGAGCCAGGCCUCUAUCUUUCUCUCUGCUUGUUCAAGCAAACGAUCCUGA